CCACGGGGCGGAGCCAGGGCUUAGUCUGGGAGCCGGAGAGCCAGCAGGAGGCGGUUGCCCGGCAACGCCCGGGCGCGGAGUCCCAGCGGCCUGGCCCCUCCCGGGGAGGAGGUGGGUUCGGAGCCACGUGACUCAGGUUCUACCAGAGGGGUCGCGGUGGGGGGCCCGACCGGCCAGGGCCGUGAAGGGAUACCAGAAGGGCGUACGCGUGGCUUCCAGUGCGGACCCCUAGCCCCGGUGGACAGCGGGAGAAACUGAGGCCCGAGUGGUGGUUCAGGUGAGCUGUAUGGUGACCUGGACCAGGUGGUGGCUGUGGAGAUGGAGGAGAGGGCCAGGAAGAUCUUCUUUGAACAAAGGUGCAGUUGGGGGAAAGGGUGUGGCUGUGGGCCAGGCCUGUGCUGGCCAUCCUUUCUCCCGCUGCAGACCCAGGGAGGGCCAUGAAGGUCCUGCUCCUUACCGUGCUGGGAGCCCUGUUCUUCGCCUAUUAUUGGGCUGACAACUUCGACCCAGCCAGCCUCCAGGGAGCCCGUGUGCUGUUAACAGGGGCCAGUGCAGGUGUCGGGGAGGAGCUGGCAUAUCACUAUGCCCGCCUGGGCUCCCAUCUGGUGCUCACUGCCCACACUGAGGCCUUCCUGCAGAAGGUGGUAGGGAACUGCCGGAAGCUGGGCGCUCCCAAGGUCUUCUACAUCGCUGCGGACAUGGCCUCCCCUGAGGUGCCCGAGCGCGUGGUGCAGUUUGCGCUGGACAAGCUGGGUGGGCUGGACUACCUCGUGCUGAACCACCUCGGUGCCGCCCCGGCAGGCACUCCGGCCCGCAGCACCCAGGCGACACGCUGGCUUAUGCAGGUGAACUUCCUGAGUUACGUGCAACUGACAUCCUUGGCGCUGCCUAGUCUGACGGACAGCAAGGGCUCCCUGGUGGUGGUGUCCUCACUGCUCGGCCGUGUGCCCACGUCCUUCUCCAGCCCCUAUUCGGCGGCCAAAUUCGCCCUGGACAGCUUCUUCGGCUCCCUGCGGCGGGAGCUGGACGUGCAGGACGUGAAUGUGGCCAUCACCAUGUGCAUCCUGGGACUCCAGGAUCGCUCCUCCGCUGCCGAGGGUAUCAGGGGUGUCACAAGGGCCAAGGCGGCCCUGGGGCCCAAGGCAGCCCUGGCUGUGAUCCGCGGAGGUGCCACGCGUGCCUCUGGUGUCUUCUACCCAUGGCGCUUUCAUCUGCUUUGCCUGAUCCGGGCUUGGCUGCCACGCCCGAGGGCCUGGUUCAUCCGCCAGGAGCUCAACAUCACUGCUGCCGCCACUGCCUGAGCUCCUGGGGGUGGAGCCCCUUUAUCUUCUUAGAGGGGGACCGUCCAUCCAUCCGUCCUGAAGCUGGGACAUAAACCGAGACACCUCUGAGAAAGUGGCCCCGGCCCAAGACAGAAAAGGAAAACCGAGGAAAACUACCAGCACCUGGAAACAAUGAAAACUCCAGUGUGAGAGUGGUGACUGUGCCAGUACCUGGUCAAGGACUUGAAAGGCAUUAACUCAAUCUUCUCGGAUGAUCGCUGCUUCCAUUUCGCAGAUGAGAAAACUGGGGCUUAGGCUCAGAGAGGUGAUGUGUCUUGCCCCAGCGCCCUGGCCACAUCAAACAGGUCGCAUCAUUGCUGAGCCACCCUUGGAACCUUCUCUGUCUCCCACCUGGAACCACCUUAUUUCUUCUUUCUACUCAAUCUCCGAGCAUCACCCAACCCUUGCCCCAAGCAAGGGAGAGCUGAAAAGCUGUCCACCCGAUGGUAGGGGCCAAGGACAGUAGGGGCCAAGGACAGAGAGGAGGGAAAGAACUUGUUAUGAGCUAGACUCAGCCUCCCGUUUCAUAAUAAAAAUCCUUUUU